CUCCACAUUGUUAUUUAGAGCAAAAGUUUGUUUCUAGUUUCGAUAAACUGAUAAAUUUUGUCAAAUAAACUCAUUUUUAUGCAACAAAAACUUCAGUUUUCCCAAAAUUUGGUUUGAUUUUCUGCAUUUUUUUCUGUUGACUGAGAGUCUCCUUCCUCCUCCCUGGUUCUGGUUUCAUUUCUGAUCCAAACUAAUAAAAGUCGCUGUGGUGUUUGUGGGUCGGCGGCAGAACCUGCAGCUGCUCCUCAGGCGCGCAGCGCAGCGUCUCCUCACGUCUCCAGACUUUGCGGUGACGUCACGAGGCGCAGGCUGGGCUAUAAAACCACCGGGACCUCCAGGAGCCGCUCACAGGACCCCACAGACCCAGAACUGAAACCUGAGACCUCCUCAGAGUUCCGCAGCAGCACCUGGACAGAAUAAAUUUUUAGGACAUGAAGCAUGUCGCGCUCCUCCUGCUCCUCUCCUCCGUCCUCCUCUCCUCGCACCUCCGCCCCGCCGCCGGCAGACCGCGCUUCUUCCAGGCGCAGCGCCUGGACGAUGUGCUCCUGAAGGCGGCCGCGGACGGCGCCGCCGCCUCGGACCUCCUGGGGGACCACGUGCUGAGGCUCCUCCAGAGGAGGGACCCGGACCGCCUCCACCUGCURCCGGAGGAAGAGGAGGGGGAGGACAGCGCGGAGGAGGCGCUGAGGACCGCGGCGCAGCUGCAGCUGAAGCGCAGCGAGGAGCCGCCGCUCUCCAUCGACCUGACCUUCCACCUGCUCAGGAACAUGAUCCAGAUGGCCAAGAUGGAGAGCCAGCGCGAGCAGGCUCAGCUCAACCGCAAAGUGCUCGACGAGGUGGGGAAGUGAGUCCCAGAUCCCAGAAGGAUCCAAGCCUCUGAGAUGAGUUUCGGUCCGUGCGCCUUGCCUUUUACGCACACAUGGUGCCAUUUUACGCAUCACUUCAGCCGCAAGUGUCACGUGUUUUAUGUUGUAAAGAAGACAUGAAAGGAAAGUGGGGAGGGAAAAAAAGAUUUUUAGACCCUUUACCUUCAA